AUGUUUACGAAAAAUCUAUAUACAGUCCUGAUUCUGAUGCUAGCGAGAGGAGGUGAGGUUGCAGCCUUUUCCGCCAACAAACCAGUAGUUGCUGGUGGUCGUCAUCCGACUGCUUCGGAUGGGACGCUUCCAACUCAAGAGGAUGUUGCGACAAACUUUGAUAGGCGUGAAAUUUUGGAGAAGGGGUUGCUAUUUUUCUCCACAUCAGCGUUGGGAAUGGCUGUGGGUAGCGCUCCAACACCAGUUUGGGCAGAUGUUUCCGAUGGGAAUGCAUUGCCAGAAGGUGCAGCACGAUUUUCGCGUGUUGUUCGAGCAAAAACAGACUUGUUGGGGAUCCAGAAGCGUGUCGAGCAAGGUGCGAGUGACAUGGACAAAGCGGAAUGGAACAGUGUUGGGGCAUUCUUGAGACGAGUUUAUGGAGUUUCGGAAGAUAUGAAAGCUAUUGCAAGCGGCCUCGAUUCGGUAAAGAAACGGCGAGCAUCCGAGCUGAUUGACAGCUUGAAGAAGUUUUCGAAGGCCGCCGACGCCCCAACGGGAACCCAAAACGCAACGGAAUUCCUUUCGUACGCGAGAAAACUUAUCUCCCUAUUGGACGAAUUCCUUGAUUUGCUCAGCGACGUUCCUGAUGAAAUCUAA